UUUCAUCCCAUGCGCAGUGCGGUUUGUUUGUUGUUGUAUGAUAAGCGGAGGGUCUGUGUAGGACUGUGCGUGGUACCGACCGGCAAUGGAGGAGGGGGCUCGCCGGUCUAGCUCUUCGGGGAAUCCUGGGCCUUUUUUCCGGGAGUUAGGCCGAGGGUUUGCAUAUUACAACAAGCAUCUGGGGAGGCUGCAACAAAAUCUGCGCGAUACCAAGAAUUUUUUUCGUGACAUAAAGCAUACGUACCGGGAGCAGGAGUCGGACGCCGGGGGAGACGAGAUCGGACAGCUGCAGUGCAUUGCUUUCCCAAGACAAGAGGAGGAAUACCUGAAACUGACAGUGCGCUGCCGCCCUUGUAUAUUUAUCCUAGGGCAGAACUGUAAUGCUAGAGGUAGAGUCACAAAUUCUCUUUUGGGUGACCCACUACUUCCUAUUGGCACACACUGUAACCCAGACACUUGCAAAAGACGGCGCAUCAGGUUCAGGCAUGGAAAACAGACGCUUGUAAGCUUGGCAUUGCCAGAACAGUAUGAACUAGUGCACCAACUUGUAGCUCAUCAAGGCAAGUGGGAUACCAUCCCUCAGGAAGACCUGGAGGUACCGGAGGAUGAGGAAGAUCCGGCACACCGGAUGGCAGAGCUGGAGGUAACACUGCCUCAUCAUCUUCUGCAGGAUGUUGACAUUGUUGUAUCCCCUUGCCGUGGCUCACAGUCAGUAACUACAACCAUGGAAGAUUAUGUGGACCAUGUGCAAUCUGUAAUUGUAUAUGCAGUAAGUGAAGAAGCACUCAUACCAGAGGACCAGGAUGAACUAACAGACAUAAAGACAAAGUACAAGCUACCAGUUUUCUUCAUACGGACAUCCUCUUCCAAAGACAAACUUAUCGGGGCACCAGAAGGAGGGCGCUCAGCUUUGUAUGAACAACUAAUGCAUCUGGGUUAUUUAAAAAAGGGUUUAUGCAAUUGUGGGGCGGCAGGGUCUGGUAGCCCAGCCCCUAGUAUUCUAGUUGAACAGUUUGAGAAGUUGCGUCAGCUGAGUAGCUUCUCUCGGCAGGUCCUGCAAAUGCACUUGGUGGAUGCUGCAAUGGUGCUAAAUAUGGUGCACAGUCGCUGCCUGGAUUUGUUCAUAAACAAAGCUUUUGACAUGCGACGUGAUUUGCAAAUCACUCCCAAAAGGCUGGAAUACACUCGGCAAAAGGAGAGUGAAUUGUUUGAAUCCUUAAUGAAAAUUUCUGACCGCAAACAAGAGGAGUUGAAGGAUAUGAUUGUGGAGACUCUAAACAGCAUGAGAGAACAGCUCCUAGAGGAUGCAGCAAACAUGGCAUUUAAGGAUAUUAAAUGCAGCGUAUCAUGUUGAAGUAACUUUCAAUUCUGGAUCCACUGUCACAAGAAUGGUGUGGGAGCAGAUAGUGCAGAUCAUUCAGCGAAUCAGUUGGGUGAGCCCACCUGCCAUCACACCAGAAUGGAAACGCAAGGUAGCCCAGGAUGCCAUUGAAAGCUUGAGUGCCUCCAAACUUGCCAAAAGCAUCUGCAGCCAGUUCUGUAAGAGACUGAAGAGCUCUCAUGAAGCUUUUGCUGCCUCUCUCAAACAGCUGGAAGUUGGACACUCUGGGAGGCUUGAAAAGACUGAAGAUCUUUGGCUAAGGGUUCGUAAAGACCAUGCCCCUCGUCUGGCCAGACUUUCCUUAGAGAGCCGGUCUCUGCAGGAUGUUCUUCUGCAUGGUAAACCAAGGCUAGGUCGUGAGCUAGGGCGUGGCCAGUAUGGAGUGGUUUACCUGUGCGAUAGCUGGGGUGGACACUUUCCUUGUGCUCUGAAAUCUGUAGUUCCCCCUGAUGAAAAACAUUGGAAUGACCUGGCUCUGGAAUUUCACUACAUGAGGUCUCUACCAAAACAUGAGCGUUUGGUGGAUCUCCACGGUUCUGUUAUCGAUUACAAGUAUGGAGGUGGUUCCAGCAUAGCGGUGCUGCUUAUCAUGGAACGUUUACAUAGAGAUCUCUACGCAGGCCUAAAGGCAGGACUUACUCUGGAGACACGACUACAAAUAGCUCUUGAUGUAGUAGAAGGGAUCCGUUUCCUGCACAGUCAAGGGCUUGUCCACAGGGAUAUUAAACUGAAGAAUGUCUUGCUGGACAAGAAAAACCGAGCAAAGAUCACAGAUUUGGGUUUCUGUAAGCCAGAGGCCAUGAUGUCUGGAAGUAUUGUUGGGACCCCUAUACACAUGGCACCAGAACUCUUCUCGGGUAAGUACAAUAAUGUAAUAAGACCUAUAUUAAAGAACUGAUUAAAACUAUCCAAUGUUUGAAUGCGAUUUAGAAAAUACACCUUCACUUUUAAUUCUAUCGGAAAUGUUUAGUUUGUUUUUAAAAUAGUCUCUCAAACUGAGUCCACCUCCUUGUGAAUAUUUAGAGCUUCAGAUGUUUUAAUUAUGAACAUGA